UCCCCUUCCUGAACUCCCCUGUUUACAUCCCAUUCUCCCCCAGCCAUGCUCACCAAUCUGGCACUUUGAAGACCCUCAUCCCACUUUUUCUCAUGAAUUUGUCAGGUUUCACUUGUGGAUUGCAUGGGGACAUCAAAGAGGAAUAUCAUUUCCUGAGUGGGAUAUAACAUCAACUGGGUGAAACCAUCCAAAUUAGAUUAAACAAACAAAAUCAAAGGACAAUCGGAACUAAAAGCAGAACUACACAAUGGCUCAGGCAACUAAAGGUGCAGAAGUAAAGCCUAUUCGUCCCACCACUGCAGAUGCUCCAGUAAGGCCAGUUCCUCAAGACUCUCUCACAGCCAGAAGCCAUGGAUUUCUUGUAGUCUUGAAUCAUCCUGCUCAAUGGCUAGUCAUCAUUACACUUCUGGUUUCAUGGUCAAUCGCUGGUUUUGUCAUGUUUGACUUUGUGAGUGACGAUCAGCUUGCAAGCAUCCAUGAUUUUACCUCCGAUCCAAUGUUAGCAGUGGACAAGGCCAUUGAAGACAUCGACAGUGGGAUAAACCAUGUGAACAAUUUCUUUACUAAUACUCAUGAGACCAUCACUGAAGUGAUCUUUAAUCCGAUGGAUGCUGUUCAUUCAGCAGCGGCUUAUUUGUCAGAAUUGUUUAGUGCCGGUGGGAUCUCUGAAACCGUAAAACUUGGUUGUGCAGUAUUAGAUGACAUCACCGAAUGGAUUAGAUUCCCAGUGGGCUAUUUAUUCCACCUCUUUGAAGAUAUCUUGGAUAUAACAAUCAUUAAUCCAGUGGAAAUGGUCUGUGAAGCAGUUGUGCAAAUUCUAAGCUGGAUCAAGGCCAUUGUACAAUAUCUUUCAACAGUGUGGCGAGGCACUGAAGGGGAUGCACAGGGGAUCACUGAAACAGUAAAUCUUGGUGGUGCAGUAUUAGAUGGCAUUACAGAAUGGAUUAGAUACCCUGUGGGUUACUUAUUCCACCUCUUUGAAGACAUCCUGGAUGUAGCGAUCAUUAAUCCAGCAGAAAUGGCCUGUGAAGCAGUUGUGCAAAUUUUAAGCUGGAUCAAAGCCAUUUUAAUCUAUUUUUCAUCCAUGUUGGGGGGCAUUAAAGCUUUGAUCCCCAUGAUGAGCACUAAUCCAAUGGAAUUGGCCGGCAAUAUUGUGGAAGAGACUACAGACCUGAAGAACUCUGUCUCUAAUUACCUAUCCAACCUGUUUGCAGGAAGUGAAGGUGGUAUUCCAGACAUUAGCUUUGAUCCCAUAAAAGUCGUCACAGACACUGUUGAAGAAUUUACUGACAGGAGGGACAUGUUUUUGGCCUAUCUCUCAAAUAUGCCCAUGGAGGACAAAGAUGACACGCCACAAGUGAUUAGAAGAAAAGGAGAAUUUCUGCCCCCUCUGGAAAAAGUUCUUGAACAAGUGAAAGAUGCCAAAGAGAAAAAAGCUAGAGAGGGGAUUUACAAAAUCAUUCAAGACAUGAGAGGUAAGAAGGCCGGAAGAGAAGAGGAAAUAACACUGCAAAAAAUAAAUAUAACAGUAGAAAAAGCAAAGAAAAAAGAAAAAGCUAAACCUGAUGAAAAGGUGAUAGAAAAGGUUAAAAGAGAAGAGAAUGCCAAAAAGUACAAGACUCCAGAACCAACAGAAGCUAAGAAAAAGGUUACACCAGCAAAGAAAGAACCUGUGAAAGGAAAAGUGAAACCUGUGGACAUUCCUAAAGAUGAUGUUACCAAGAAGUUAGCCAAAGCCAAAGAUAUUGAGAUUGAAAAGACAAUAAAAGCCAAACCUGCACCCGUAAAGAAAGAAGCUGAAGUGGCUAAAGAAGAGACCAAAGCAGCACCAUCUAUAAAAGAAAGUAAAGUUGCUCAGGAGAAGGUAAAACCAGCUCCCAUAAAGAAAGAGCCUGAGGUUUCCAAAGAGAAGGCCAAAGCAGUGCCAUCAAAGAAAGAUGCUGAGAAAAUUAAAAAGAAAACAAAACUAUCACCAGAUAAGAAAGUGGAUGAAGCCCCCAAGGAGAAAGCUAAAGCGGCAUCUAUAAAAAAAGAACUGGAAGAGAAACCAAAAACAGCUCCUGUGAAAAAAGAGCCUGAAGUUGCAAAAGAGAAAGUCAAACCAGGACCUUCAAAGAAAGAUACUGGCGAUUCUAAGAAGAAAGUAAAACCAGCUACAGCUAAGAAAGUGGAUGAAGUUGUCCAAAAUAAGGAAAAACCAGCCUCUGCAAAGAAAGAAUCUGAUAUUACAAAAGAGAAGGAAAAACAUGUACCUUCCAAAAAAGAGGCAGAUGUUAAGGAGAAAGAUCAGCCUGUUGCUGUUAAGAAAGAAGAAAAGGCAAAACCUUCUCCAAAGAAAGAGCCAGAAGUUACCAAAGAGAAACCAGCACCUUCAAAGAAAGAGCAUGAGAUAACCAUAGAAAAAUCCAAGCCGCCAAAGAGAGUUGUAGAGGCUGAAGUCUAUAAAGAGAAAGCCAAACCAGCCCCUGAGCAGAAAGAAGUUAAAGUCAUUAAGGAGAAAGCUAAACCCGCUCUUGUAAAGAAAGAGGCUCAAGUUGUUAAGGAAAAAGCCAAAGCCCCCAAGAAGAAAGAGGCUGAAGUCAUCAAGGAGCAAUUUAAACCAGCUUCUGUAAAGAAAGAGCCUGAAGUUGCUAAAGAAAAGACGCCUGAACCAACACUACAAAAAGUUGAGCUUCCAAAGAAAAAAGCAAAACCAGUCCCUGUAAAGGAAGAACCUAAGAUUACCAAAGAGAAACCAAAGCCAACACCAAAGAAAGAGACUGACGCCAAAGAGCAAGCUAAACCAGCCCCUAAGAAAGUGGCUGAAGUCAUCAAGGAGAAAGUUAAACCAGCCCCUGAGAGAAAAGAGGCAGAACUCAUCAAAGAGAAAACUAAACCAGCUGCUGUAAAGAAAGAGGCUGAGGUCAUCAAAGAGAAAGAUAAAACAGCUCCUGUAAAGAAAGUUGACGUUCAAAAGGAAAAGGCAAAACCAGUUGCUGAAAAGGAAGAACCUAAGAUAACAAAAGAAAAGUCAAAGCCAUCACUUAAGAAAGAAGCUGAAGUCAUCAAAGAGAAAUCUAAACCAUCCCCUAAGAAGAAAGAGGCUGAAGUCGUUAAGGAGAAAGCUAAACCAGCUCCUGCAAAGAAAGUGUUAGAAGCUGAAGUCAUUAAAGAGAAAGCUAAGCUAGCUCCUGAAAAGAAAGAGGCUGAAGUAAUUAUGGAGAAAGUUAAACCAGCCUCUGAAAAGAAAGAGGCUGAAGUAAUCAAAGAGAAAGCUAAACCAGCUCCUGUAAGGAAAGAGCCUAAAGUUGCUCAAGAAAAGGUACCUAAACCAACACCAGAAAGAGAGCAUGAAGUCAUCAUAAAGAAAGAUAAACCAGCAUUUAAGAAGAAAGUCGCGGUACCAAAGGAAAAGGCAAAACCAAUCCCAUUAGAAAGAGAAACUGAGACAACCAAAGAAAAGGCCAAGCCAGCAAUAAAGAAAGAGGCUGAAGUCAUCACAGAGAAACAGAAACCAGCCCCUGAGAAGAAAGAGGCUGAAGUCAUCAAGGAGAAAGUUAAACCAGCUCCUGUAAGGAAAGAGCCUGAAGUUGCUAAAGAAAAGGCACCUGAACCAACACAAAAACCAAAGCCUGACAUUACCAAAGAGAAAGCAAAACCAGCCUCUAAGAAGAAAGAACCUGAGAUAACCCAAGAAAAGCCAAAGCCAGCACCAAAGAAAGAUGCUGAAGUUGUCAAAGAUAAAGCUAAACCAGCCUCUAAGAAGAAAGAGGCUGAAGUCCUCAAGGAGGAAGUUAAACUAGCCCCUGUAAAGAAAGAGGCAGAAGUCAAGGAGAAAGCUAAACCAGCUCUUGUAAAAAAAGAGCCUGAAGUUGCUAAAGUUAAAGCACCUGAGCCAACGCCAAAACCUACAAAGAAAGAGGCUGAAGCCAAGGAGAAAGCUAAACCAGCUCCUGUAAAAAAAGAGCCCGAAGUUGCCAAAGAAAAGGCACUUGAACCAAUACCAAAAAGAGAGGCUGAGGUCAUCAAAGAGAAAGCUAAACCAGCCCCUAAGAAAAAAGUGGCUGAAGUCAUCAAGGAGAAAGUUAAAACAGCUCCUGUAAAGAAAGAGCCUGAAGUUGCUAAAGGAAAGGCAACAGAACCUGCAAAGCAAGAGGUUAUCAAGGAGAUAGUUAAACCAGCUCCUGUAAAGAAAGAGCUUGAAGUUGAGCUUGAAAAGGCACCUGAACCAACACCAGAAAGAGAUGACGUGGCACCCAUCGGUCUGGACAUGGAGCUCCUGAACUCCAUCAAUCAAAAACUGUCUCUUCUGGAUCUAAUGCGGAAGGACAUUGGUGUAAUGAAAAGUGACCUGGAGUCCACGCAAAAUCAAAUUACUCUUCUAUGGAAGGACAACAGAACAAUCAAAGAGCCUGACACUGUCAACGUUACAGUAAAGCCAACUCCAAUUGUCUCCAUUGAAAAAGCAAAAUCAGAAAGUGAUGCCCUGAAAAACAUCACUAAACAAGCACCUGCAAAGAAAGAAAAAGAGGCUCUGAAUGCCAAGAUCAGACCAGAGCCCAAAAAGAAAGAAAUCCCUCAUGAAAAGGUCAAAGAAGUAAAGAAACCUUUACAGCAAGAACCUGAGGAGGUCAUAGUAAAAGUAGAAGAACCUGUUAUCACCAAAGAUAUUCCAGAAAUAGAGGAGGAGGACGUGCCCUACUUUCAGUGUUUCUUUGUGGAUGAGGAUGAUACUCCGUAUCCGUUCUUCCCAUUUUCACCACCGGUGUGAGACAAGCCAUGGUCUGAAGGUAAACAGCAUGGCAAAGCCGAUGGAAUAAAGAUCCCUGAAGGAUGAGGCACCUGUCGCUCUGAUGCAAGAGGUACAUACUGUAGCUGGUCCUAAAAAUCACACCAAGUAGGACUCAGAAAUGUUGAUUUUAAUUUAUUUCAUGGAUGAGUUUCAAAACUGGAAAACUUCCUUCUUAAAAUGUUGUUGAUUUUUGUCAUUUUUAUUUUGGGGUUCAGAGCGUUUAAAUGGACAGCGGUUGCAAGUUUUGCUAGAAUUUGUCAUAUUGUCUUAAAGCAAUCCGUCUUAUAACUGAUACCAUAGAUUUGACUUUUAUUUCAGGUUUCAUAAUGAUAUAAUUGUAUUUAUGCUUGUGUGAUUUAUUUAUAUAUGCUUGUGCGAUUUUAUUUAUGUAUGUGUCAAAGAAGGAACACGAGUACAGUUUUUCCCAGAAAGCACUGACAGGAAGUAACAAAACAAUCAAUAUGGGGUUUGAAAGUUUGUUUUGACUUACACAACUGAAAUGAAACUUACUAUGUAAUAGAGGAUAUAAUUGAUCAAGUAAUAAAUAAAUGUCUUCUUUUUUGGUAGUACAGUUUACAGAACUACCAGAAGGGCUUAGAACAACAUGCCCAGUUAUUCAAGAUGUAUGUAUAAUGUUAAAUGUAUUACUUUUAUUUAGUUUACUUUUUUUUAUUAGUAGUAUUUCAUUUUUUUUAUUUUACAGAUGUCAGUUGUUUUGUAAGAUGUUAUAACUCUAUAUUUCACAGAGGAAACACAAGUAUGUUUUGUGCAGUGUUCUUCAUAAAAUGAUACACUGAAACUUGCAUAGAAAAAUAGAACGAAACUGUUGGUGUUAAAUCCAGAGAAAUGACUUAAAACAUGAUGCUGUUAAGAACUGCACUUUUGUGCUAUUUUGAUUUUUAGAUUUGAGUGCCAUUGAAAGACACCAGUUGAAAAGGCACAAAGCUGUUCAAAACACUGACCAUUUUCUUCCAAGCAAAUGUAUUUUUUACAUUGCAAAAAGUCAAGUUUUUACUUGUGGCAUAAGAUUUUUCAUAUUUACAUUUCUCCACAUAAUAUAUAAGCUUUAUGUAACCUUUUUUCCUAUAAAGUGUGGAUGUGUUUUUGCACCCGGCUAUUAAAUGGGUAUAACUACCUAAUGAAGACGUGCCAAUUAAAUGGCAUACAGACAUUUAUAAGUAUAUUGUGCUAUAAAAUUGUCUAUAAUGUACAUUUUACACAUGCAGAAGACUUUUACAUUAUGAGACUAGAUUAUGUGCCAGAUUAAAUGUUUUGCAUGUGUUACUGUGUGUAUUUUUCAGUGUGUGUGUGUUGCGGGGGGCAGGAACAAUUUUAGUGUCUUUCUGCAGGAGUUUAGCAUGUUGCUCCAUAGAGGAUAAGCUCAUGCACAGUAAUGCCACCUGUUCAAAUACAUACUACAUCAAUAUUUAAGUGUUGUAACAAAAUAAAAUAGGUAUUUUUUGGACAGAUUAGUUCUUAAUUUGAUCUUGAUAUAUAUUAUACAUGUGCAUGCACGUUCUGAUGUAAAUCUGUUUAAUAAAUGAAGAAUAAUUCCACACUAAAUAGCUUAUUUUUAAUAGUAACUGGAUUUUGCGACUAUAAUUGUUUGUUAGAUUUGCAUAGCAUUAAUUUAUAUUUGAACUUAAAUAUCCUGCUCAUAUUCUAUCAAAUAUAACGUUGGUAUGGUUCAAAAGGUUACAGUUUGAACAUGUGCAUUUUGGUGUAUAAAAUUUUAUAAAUGAAGUGUAACUAGAAAAAUAUCAUUUAUUUGAAGAAAGAAAAUAUAAUACAAUUUUGUGUUUAUUUUCAAUUCUUGCUGAUUGCAUGGUUUUGCUGUCAAAUCCUCAAAAUGUAAAGAAAAUGAACUGGACAAUAUAGUGGCCUAAUGUACAAUGUGUUUCAUUUUACUUUCUGUAGAAAAUGUAUAGACAUACAGUAAAAUAAUUUACAAAGCUCUAAGGAAAAACCACAUUAUGGUCAAAUAAAAGGCUUAUGAGACUAUAAUGCCAAU